AUGUCGGUCCGGAUCCAAUUCGACAAACCCCACGCCUUCUACACGAACCUCGACUUCAUCAGCGGCAGAAUCAUCCUUAGUCUCACUAGCGAUGACGCCGUAUCUGCCAUUGUAGCCAAGUUGGAAGGCGAGAGCAGAACGCAAUUAAGGCGACCGAUACGCCCCCCCGACAACCGGCAGCCUGUCGUGAUCGAGAACCACAAGAUACUGUACAAGAUUAGCCAAGUGUUCCCCGAGCCCCAUCCAGCAAAUGGGCAGAAUAUGGGAUCAGCAUUUACUCUGCGAGCCGGAAAGCAUGAAUAUCCAUUUCGAUUCAAGAUCCCUUUUAAUAACGGCUGUGGGGACCCCCAACAGCAGCAGAUGGCUGGGUUUGGCGGGCUUGGAUUAUCGGGAUUUCAGCAAAUGCAGUACCGGCAUGUCAGGAAGACAUUACCGCCUUCAUUGACCGGGUUUCCGGGGGAAGCAGAAAUCAGAUAUUAUGUGAAGGUUACGGUGCAACGACCAGGGAUAUUUAAGGAAAACAGAAGGUCAGCAGUCGGCUUCCGGUUUCUCCCCAUUGAGCCCCCAAGGCCACCCCCUACCACGAACGAAGUAUAUGCUCGAAGGCCGUUUGGCUUCCAGACUGGUUUGGCAUCGUAUGGGAAGAAAUCGUCUAUGUUCAGGAAGAGCCCAAAACCAUUAUCGGACACGGCGCCAACGGGAGAGAUUGAUGCGCGGCUUCCCAGUCCCGCCAUUUUAACCUGCAAUGAACCCAUACCCCUACGGCUUAUAGUAAAGAAGACAAACCAAAGCGCGGAGAAUGUGUUCUUGGUAUCGCUACAAGUCCAUUUACAUGGAUAUACUGAGGUAAGGGCGUUAGAUGUCUCCCGGACAGAGACGAGUACAUGGUCACUGAUGAGUGCGAAUGGGCUCUCGAUUCCUAUCGGGUCACCGAGUGACCCGCCCCUGAAGGAGAUAACGGUUGACAAUAACUUAUGGGAUCGAAUACCGCUUCCUAAUACUGUAGCUCCUUCGUUUCAAACCUGCAACUUGGCUCGGAAAUACGAACUUGAGAUACGGGCAGGGUUGGGAUAUGGAGUAAUUGGCGAGAUCCAGCCGCAAAUAAUAACCCUCCCCCUUCGGUUCCAAGUAGAAGUCCACUCUGGCAUCUCACCCCCCGCUGCCCUCCUCGACGCCAUGGCCCAGCAACGACCUCCAGUCCCCGCUCGUCCUACCGCCCAAACCCCUACACCAGUCUCUGCCCCUGCUGCAGACCCCUUAUACCCUCCUCAACUGGGCACUCCUGCCGCAGCAGUUGUCGAUGACGCGCCUCCAAGCUAUGAAGAUGCUAUGGCCGAGGACAUCACGCCGACGGAUGGGCCGAGGAGGGAGUAUAGCGGUGUGACAGAUGUGAAUGCGCCAGGGAUGGAUGAGAAGGGUGGGGGGAAGCCACCUAGUGGGGGUGGCAAUGGAGCGGCAGGCGGUGGAGGAUUUGGUGCUGUUGUAUGA